AUUUGUCAGUUCACUUGGUGAGCUCGGCCGGACUGGUUCUAACUCGGAGCAUCGUCAUCUGAUCGGUUGUUUUCAGUACGCAUUUAUUUAAUGCAUAUUUAUGCGAUUGUUUUCUAAUAUUUCGGGUGUGCACCACAAGUGUGAAUACAAUGAAACUGAAAGUGUUUGUAUCAAAUCUAUUCCUCCUAAGCGUCUUCUCCACGAGGCUAUCAAGAACACUGGCCGAAUGCGGAGUCCUUGAGGUUGAGUGCGACAAUGGGAGCUGUAUCCCCCUGUAUCAGCGCUGCAAUGGCGUGAAAAACUGUCCGGAUGGAUCCGACGAAACCGCAAAUUUGUGCAUUUCCCAGGCGCAUUACUGCACCAAGCCGUACUUCCAGUGCACCUACGGAGCCUGUGUCAUUGGAACGGCGCCCUGCAAUGGGAUCCAGGAGUGUGCCGACAACUCGGAUGAGACCCGGAUGCGCUGCGAUAGCGCGGACGACCUGCGUCAAUACUAUCGCUUGCUCCAAGGUAAUUGCCAGGAAAACGAGAUCAAGUGUCCUUCCGGAAUUUGCAUUGACAAAAGUGUUCUGUGCGAUGGGAAGGAUGACUGCGGCGAUGGCACUGGCUUUGACGAAUCCGUGGAUCUGUGUGGCCACAUGGAGUGUCCCGGGUAUUCGUUCAAGUGCGGCACUGGGAGCUGCAUAUCAAGUAAACUUAUCUGCAACGGUGAAAACGAUUGCUUUGACGGAUCCGACGAAGCUCCAAGGUUGUGCAACACCACCACCCAACCAUCCAGGCCUGCCACGGUGACAACGGUUGUAGGUCCAUCUACGAAACCAGGCUGCACCUUGCCGGCGGGUGAUGAACGACCAAUUACCAAGGACAAACAAAAUCGGAUUCUCACGGAUCCCGUACCCCGCGGAUUCGUGACUUUCUCCUGUCAAACGGGCUAUGUCCUCGAAGGAGAUGAAACCGGGUAUUGUUCCGUAAAAUCUUGGAGUAACGAGGUCCCAAGAUGUGUGAAAUAUUGCAGCAACAAGAAUAACGAACUAUUCGGAUACUCCACGACGCCCAGAUGUACCCUUGGCGGGCAGUUGGUGGAUUGUGGCAAACAGUUUCACAAACCCGGCACGGAGGUCACCUUCACUUGCAAAAUCGGGUUCAAUAGGCCCCACUUCCCGAACACCAUGCGAUGCGAGAAGGGCGGGCGGUGGAGCGGCGGACGGACACCCUGCAUCCAGGAUUGCGGCGAAAUAGCCACGCCCAUUAAACCGUUCGUCUUCAACGGCGUCACGGUCAACAAUACGGUGGUGCCGUGGCAUGUGGGCUUGUAUGUGUGGCACAACGAAAAGGAUUACCACUUCCAGUGCGGUGGGUCGUUGCUCACUCCGGAUCUGGUCAUAACGGCGGCCCACUGUGUCUAUGAUGAGGGUACGCGUAACGCCUACAGUACGGACACUUUCAAAAUAGUGGCUGCCAAGUUCUAUCGCAACUACAAUCAAAUAAGCACCGACGUGCGCAGAGAUGUGAAAGUCAUCGAAAUUGCUAGGGACUACAAUGGCCGGGCGGCGAACUAUUUCAAGGACUUGGCUCUCCUCAGCCUAGAAACGCCAUUCGAGUUCUCCGACCUCAUCCGUCCCAUUUGCGUAAAUUUUGAAAACUUUGCGGAAAAGGAGAGUAUCAACAACCAUGUUCCCGGGCGAUUUGCCGGCUGGAGCAUCGAGGACGAUCACAAGUUGCAAUUCGUGACGGCGACGUCCGAGGCCAACUCGAAGUGCAAAGAGGCCCUGCAGGACAUCCAGGCGGACAAGUUCUGCAUCUUCACACACGGAAAGUCCCUGGCCUGCCAGGGUGACAGUGGCGGCGGAUUCACGGCGAAGGUGAAGACUGACUACUUUGCAAGGAACGCCUAUCGGCAUCACAUCCGCGGAGUGAUCAGCAAUGCACCCAAUGCGGAUCAGUGUGCCCACAGCCUCACCGUGAUGACCAAUAUCCAGCACUUCGAGGACAUGAUCCUGCUGGCGAUGGAUAAAAGCAGGACCAGAGCCUGAGGCCCGACUUAAGAGCUGUCUUGUGAUUUACCUACGAAUACAAAUUUAGGACGUGCCAAUACGAAUUUAUCUUAAGAUUUAAAUAAAAGUAGUCCCAAAACAUAGGAGUAUUUGGGAAAGAAGUA